AUGCGCAGCUGGAGUGAGCUCUUCCAGACAGGAGACCUGACCCGCAGCGUUCAGACGCACAGGAGAGCGCCGCGCUUCAUGAUGGAGCUGUAUGAUGCUGUCGCGGACGCGAACGGAACGCUGAGAAACACCACAGUGCUGGAAGGAAAUAUUGUUCGAAGUUUCGAAGGACGGUCCAGCGGCUCAUUUCACUUCUUCAAUCUGACAUCAUUCAGACAGGACGAGCACGUGAUCAAAGCAGAAUUUCGAUGGUUUCGUCAUAAACAGCCUUUUAUCGGAAGACGGCAUUUUUACAAAGUUGACCUGUAUGAAGUGCUGGACAGCAGACCUAAAGCCUGGAGAGGAAAUUUGAUAAGCUCAAGGUUAUUACCCGUCUACACCAAAGGAUGGGAGGUCCUCAACAUCACACCGAUGGUGACUAAAUGGAUUCUCAACAGCGGUACAAAUAAUGGUAUCCUGGUCGUGACUGCUUUACCUUCAGGUGACUGGAUUGAGUCCAGCGUUCAGAUGGAGGGGCAGAAAGAAGAAACAAAUGCAUAUUUGGUUAUAUAUUCAGACGACGGACGGGGGGGAAAGACAAGUAAAAGCAUCAAACGACAAAAUAUCACCACAUCCCUUAAACUCCUCAAGCCUAUAACGAGUUUAGUGAAGUCAACAAUGCGUAACCGCAGGAGUGUGCGUGCGUUAACUUCUGCGUGCCAGAGAACAAACCUGUACGUAGACUUCACUAGAAUCGGCUGGUCCGGGUGGAUAAUAUCUCCUAGAGGUUAUAAUGCAUACAGUUGCAUGGGCUCCUGUCCGUUUCCGCUGGGAGAAGGUCUACGGGCUACGAAUCACGCUACCGUGAGAUCCAUCAUGAAUGCACUGAAACUAUCGCAGGAAGCAGGGAAACCGUGCUGUGUACCUGACGUACUUCACCCCAUCAGCCUCCUGUACUUCGACGAUGAAGAAAAUGUUGUUCUAAAACAAUACGAUGACAUGGUUGCAGGCAGCUGUGGCUGCCAUUAA